AUGUGUUUAUUACUGGGUGCGACGGGCGUCGGAAAGACCCUGCUUGUAAAACAACUGCAGAAGCUGUGUCAGAGGGGUGAGCCAGCUGCUUUAGGAGAACCACCUGCUACUCUGCCUACAGUGGGCACUAACCUGACUGACCUGACACUGAAGAAGAGAAGCGUGACUAUCAGAGAGUUAGGAGGCUGCAUGGGCCCUAUAUGGCCCAGCUACUUUAGAGACUGCACAUCUGUUAUUUUCAUGAUAGACUCUGCCAACAUCACACAGAUUUCCUCCUCGUGCAUCCAGCUGCUCAGCGUUCUCUCGGCCGAGCCACUCCGUUCCGCCUCUGUCCUUGUGCUGUUCAAUAAGAGUGAUCUUGCAUGCACUAUGUCACCAGUGAAAAUAAAAUCACUCUUUAGGAUGGAUGACAUCAUUGCCUCUGCUUCCCAAUCGAUCACAGUUUUGGAGCUCAGUGCUCAUUCUGGAAAGGGCCUUCAGGAAGUUCUCAACUGGCUGGACGUGACUCACCCUGACUGACCCAGACAGCACACAGGUCAAAACGCAAAUCAUAGAAAAUACUGACACUUUCUCACUCACUCAUUCUCUAUACCACUUACCCUGUACAGGGUUGCGGGAGGACUGGAGUCUAUACCAGGGGACUAAGGUGAGCAUUAGGUGAGUUACGCCUUGGAUAGAGAGCAAGUCAAUUGCAGGGCACAAGCACACACACGCACUCACUCAUUCACUAUUGAGUAAUUUGGAAACGGCAAUUUGCCUAAUCUGCAUCUCUUUGGAAUGUGGGAGGAAACCAAAAUACUCAGAGGAAACCCACCAAGCACAAACUCCAUGCACAGACUGAGGCGGUGCAAGACCACAGUGAUCAAACCUGUCUACGACUUUGUCUCGUUCUUGUUCACAUUGUUUACCGAUUGACUGACCUCUGCCUGUUUAUUGACUUCUGUUUUUGAUUACACACAUUUGAUUUGACUGCCAGUGUUUAGUACAUUUAAUAAAAUACCCUCUUUUAACUACAACUGUGUCUGCAAUCUCCUGACGUGGGUGUUUCCCAUAGAUCAAUUUGUUGUUUGUUAAUCAUGAUAUCGGUGUUGACUGCCACAGAUUGAAUUUCUAAUUCAACACACAGACCUAUAUGUAAACAGCCCUGCC